CAUUUGUAAGAUUUAAUAAAACUUUUGAUUUUUUUGGUAUUUUUUUUUUGUUUCUCUACUGCACAACACUCACCUUCCCUUUAUACUGUACUCAACAGUGAUACCUCUUUACCAAUAUUCCCUGUAUUUUUAUCACUCACCUUAAUUGGUUUCCAAUCCUUCAAUUCUUUUUAUCUUUCUGCUAUAUAAGGGCGCAUCAUGUCAAAAUUAGAACGAUUGUCUGAACGGUUUUUGACUGUCGGCACACAUCCAUUGAACCUGUGCUUAAAGAGUCGAAAAGAAAAGAAAUCUAAAGAAGAUUCAUUUGAUUUUCCAGAUGAUAAUGUACAUGAUACCCAAGCUUGCCUAUGUUGUCAUACAGAUUCGCCAGCAUACAUACGAUGCUGGCCUGUCAUUUUCCUUUUUUCGGUUAUUACUGAUUUUGCCAUGCCUCUCCCCAAGGGCAAAAAACCAGGACAACAUAGAGACUGGGGCUGGCUACCAGUAAUGAUUAUUUCGACUAUUGCUAUACUUGCAUUUGUUGGUUAUAUUUCUCGUUUUAUCCUUGUCUUAUUACAUCAAUUAAAUCGUAAAAAGGAAGCUGUUGGAUGCCUUGUACCUGCAUGUGCAUUUUUCAUCUUUUUCUUUUUAUCUUACGCAAGAAUUGUUACGAAAACACCUGGACAUCCAAAGCCGUUAUUCAGAGAUGGUGAUACUUUGUCGGUUAAUUCGAGCAGAUCACUUUUGUCCACUGAUGCCAGACACGAGGAAAGUCAACUGAAGCCUUUUACAAUCUUAGGGAACGUGAAAUGGUGCGAAGCGUGUCAGGUAUGGAAACCUGAUAGAGCACAUCAUUGUCGUGUUUGCGACGCUUGUAUAUUAAGAAUGGAUCAUCAUUGUCCCUGGGUAAAUGGAUGUGUUGGCAUAAAAAAUCAUCGCUAUUACAUUCAAUUUCUUUUCUAUGCAUCAUUGUAUGCAUCAUUUGUGUUUCUUACAAGCAUUAUUAUUUUCAUUCAAAGUCGAGGAUUGGCAACCUUUGAUGGUAUAGCUUUAGUUGUUGUGAUUGUCGCUGGUAUUUUCACAAUUGUGAUAGGACCGUUUACUAUGUCCCAUAUCUGGCUGAUUUUCAUCAAUCGAACGACCAUUGAGAAUUCUCAGUUUCAAAAAUGGAAGAAAGCUAGGAAGGCUGGAAAGGCAGAAAAUCGACUGAUCGAAAUGUUUACUGAAACUGAAAAAAAUGUUUUUAACUGUGGAUUGAAAAGCAAUUGGAUGGAAAUCAUGGGGAAAGAUAAGUUAUUAUGGUUUUUGCCGUUGAAAUCAGUAGAGGACAGGAAAAUAGAUGGUGUGUAUUAUCGUUAUAAUGAGGAAGCUUUACAGGAGUAUAGAAGUGAAGAUGCGUCUAGAAGAAUAAAGAAGACAGAUCAGAUCAAUCAUUUGGCAACAGCAAAAUAGACGGGCGUCUCUCAUCGCUACCAUGUCAACAUAGAUUACGGGAAAUGUAUAAAUCUGUUAACUAUACUGUUUUUUCGCUUGACUUUCGCACGAGAUGGCUAUUAAAUUGAGACUAUAUUACAAUUAAAAUUCAGAC